UCGAAAUGCUCAACUUGUUCAGUUUUUAUUUGUCACAAUCGUAAGCAUGCUGCCUUGCAAAUACGCUCCGAAUUCCAAUGUUGAAGAAUCUAUUAUUAAGGGACGCUUGCUAUCCACACUAUUGCUCGAAUGUUGGCAGCGGGAGUACGACAAACGGCCCUAUACCAACUUUCGGUUUCGUCGUCUAGACUUUGAGGAACGCUUGAAACGCAGAUAUCACUGCUUUGGCGACUUUCGCGUUAUUGUUAAGUUUUUGUUGAAGCACGAAUUGUCUUCUGUUUCGAUAUGGAGUAUUUUCGUAAGCAAAGCGGAUCCACAUUUGCUGCUGGACUUUGUUCACUCGCUGCUACACGUGCCAAGGAUUGAGUUGAGGCUCAUGCACUUGCCUGAAGAGUUUUUUGUCAUGCUGCGCUUAAAUGCAAACAAGAUGAAAGUUGGCAUGCUUAGCUUGGAGGGUACUCCCUUGACCGAUGAGAAAGCAAAGCAACUGAGAGAGUUUUUGUUAGCCAGUAAAACGUUGCAUACGCUCAACGUUUGCAGCUGCAGCCUGAGCCUAUAUAACUUUGCCACAGUGGCCGAUGGUGUGCAUAAAUCCAGCAAAAUGCGCAACUUUUAUGUGAGUCGCUUGUUGGCCCUUAAUUUAUCGAUGGAUUCAGAGAAGAUUGCCUCGAUGGUGGGAUCGUUGUUGAUGCAGAACAAACUGGUGGAACUCACUAUGGAACAGUGUGAGUUUCUUGCCCUUGACAUGGAAAUUGUUGCCGAGUAUCUUGAGAAUAAGCACUGUUCGUUGAGGAAACUCAAACUGGCAUACAAUCUAAUCUCGGCCGAUGGCGCCCUAUUCCUUAUGCGUGCCAUAGCCAAAGGUGGGACAUUGGAGCUGCUGGAUAUUAGCACCAAUUCGAUUGGCUCACAUGGCGGUGAAUGGGUUGCUCACUACUUUAGUUCAUGCAACAUGUUGCAGCAUUUGUAUUUGAAUGACAAUCGGAUCGGCGCCGAGGCCAUUAAUCUGCUGCUGUUAACCAUCAAGAAGCCAUGUCGCAUCAGACGACUGCAAAUAUAUGGAAAUCAGUUCAAUUCUCGAUCUGCAAUGAUUCUGCGUCGUCUGCUGGAUGCCCAGGUUAUAAUGCAGGAGGAAAUCGACAUUAGCUAUACCUACGAUGAGGCCCUAGAGGAUUAUCGAAUUGUGCCAUGGCGUUGAAAAUUAUUCUGACAUUUGAUGUGUUCAUUUCCAACAGAAAUCUGUCGUGUGAAUUAGUUUAAAUAUAUUUUAACUCUA